CUCCUUUGUUCAUGCAUUUAUUCACCAGUAGCAUCAGGGUUUCUGCCUUGUGCUGGGCGAUGUGGGCACAGAAACAAAUCCGGCACAACCCUGCCUGCCAGAAGCUCACAGUUGGGUGGGGAGACAUUUAGGCCUGUGCCAAGCAGCCUGCGCGGUGAGGUGGCACGUUUCCUGUGGCCACUGUGGAGAAGGGCGAAGUUUAGACGUGUUUGGUCAGGAGACAGGGCAGGUGAAACUUAGCUGCAGUGACGAAGAAAACACGCUGGUCUCAGAUGUCACCUUCUUGGGCUGCCCCUUCUGACACUGCCCCGCACACACCCUGUCCUUCCCUACCCAGUCUCUCUCCUUGGCAUUUAUGGUCGCCUGGCAGGCUCCGUAUUGUGGUUGUUUCUCGUGUUAGCUGCUGUCUCCCUCCCUAGAAAGUCGGAUCCACGGGGUGGGGACUUUUGUCUAUGGCUGUGGCCCAGGGCCCAGAACAUGGCAUGUCGUGACAUGCAGUGUCUGCUGCAUGAGGAGAGGCCGGGCAGGAGAGGGCUGUCGUCCAAGGGGCAAGGAUGCAGAUGGGCAGUGCAGAUGGAGCACGUGUGGAUCUGAAUGUGAACUUCAGAGAGCUGGCCGUAAGGCUGAGUGCCUCGCUGCACUCGAGGCGCAGGGGGAAAGGCGUCCGGGGCAGCUUGUGGCCUGCUGGCUCCAGUGCCGGGGGUGGGGCAUAUUGGACUCUGUAAGAAACCUGGGGUUAAACAGUCCUUGUUCUUUCAGUUAGACAAUGGGCUUCCAGCUCUGUCACCAUCUGAGGUACUGGCCUCUGGAGUGUAGGAUCUGCAAUUGAACCCAAGUCCCAACUGUAUUUGCCCUGCUCAGAACAAGCCUGUCACCUCCUUCCUUCCAGACCCUAUGUUCCUAUUAAUGCAGCAUUAGUGUUUGGCCACCCCCCACAGGGACACGUCCGGAGCUUGCCCUGAGUGGUCACAGAUGUGAGGCAGGUCCUAGCGUCAUUUCAUAGAUGCAGAAAUGGAGGCACAGAGAGGUCAAGGGGCUUGCUCCAGGUCUCAGGGCUGGGAUGAGCGGCGGAGCUGGGAUGUGAAUGCAGGCAGCCUGGCUCCUAACCAGAUUUGAGCUGGGUCUCUCUAAAGACCAGGAUGGGCAUCAGGACUGGCCUUGGAUGGACUGCAUCCUGCCCUUUGCCCUCUGUGUGGCAGCUGCCACUGCCAACUUGUCCCCCACUCAGCACACAAACAGCAGGGCAGGUGGGCGUGGGCUGCCCCUUGGUCAGCAUUCGGCAUAUUCAAGGCCAGCCUGUGGGUCCGCCCAUUGGAGGACAGGGCAACGGGCAGACACGUGUCCCCUGCCCCGAGGCCCACUGGACAGGGCUGGUGGGACCCUGCGAUGUCCACUCCCCCUCACCCUGUCCUGUUGGCUUUCUGCUCAGUGGGACACUCACUUUAUGUGACCUGGGGUGGAUGCAUGGCCUCCCUAAGCCUCAGGGUCCCCCGUGGCUGCCUUGCAGGGCUGCAGCAUGAGUCACAUUGGGGGGCAUGCUGAGCCCCUUUGAGGGCCCAUGGGGGUGAUGGCCACCAAGGCCAGGCGCGGGGGUGUCCACGCCUCCCCUCUCCGGCCCUCAGCAUCAGAUGGGGGCUGCGUGUUCCAGAUCUCUGGUGGGCAGAGCCAGUCCUGCCGCCUGCAUGGCCUCGGACAAGUCCUCUUUUGGGGCCUCAGUGGCUCCACCUGUAAAAUGGGGACCACCAGCCCUGCCUUCCUCCCAGGGCUGUGAAGAGGACCCCGUGAGCUGAUGAGGGAAGAGGGCUUGGUAAACUGUAAAGUGAGGCGCACCCGCAGGGGGCACUUAUUUUCACAAUGAUUGCAAGUGAUCAGCGGACGGAAGCGGCCUCUGACUGGAGCAGCUUCCCCUUUGGGAGUGCCCGGAGGAGAGGGAGACAGGUGUGGACGUGGUAGGGACAGUGUGGGACCAGGGCAGUGUAAGGGCAUGGAGUAGACAUGGGUUCCCAGGAGGGCUCUGGCCGGGUUUCCUGGCACUGCCAUCAGUGGCCCAUCUCCCUGACUCCCUCCCUGACAACUGGAGCUCCUGGAGGAUGAGGACUGGGUCUUAGAGGCCUCAGUGCAGCUCCAGCUCAGAAAGUGUUUGUUGGAUGAAUAAUUGAGGGAGCUUUGAGCAAUUCUGGGAAGGAGCAAUUCUAGGGGAGUUGGGGUGCCCAAGGACACAGAGGCGGCCUGAGUUUGGGCUCAGAGGAACGGGGGCAUCACAGAUGCAUCGGCAGAUGCCCCCAGGAGAUGUCUGGACAUGGCCUGGGGCCCGAUCCUGAGGGCAAUGGGGACAGUGAUCCUGCUUCCUGAGAGCCUGACACCUCCUGUGGCCUCUCACACACUUCCCCGAACCUGGGUCCCGGGGGCACUGGGACACUGUCCUUGGGGAAGGUGGGAGUGAGUCCAGCUGCCCAGUGUGGGCGUGGGCAUCGAUCUGCUUGCCUCCCAGCAUGGCCCCUGCACGUGGCCACUGGUCAGCUGCCUCUUGCCUCCUGUCCCCUGCCCCCCACCGCAGGUAUUUAAGGUCCAAAAGCAGCUGGGAACUGUUGAGGCCACCCGGGUGGUGGCACCAGACCGCUUCCAGGCAGGCAGACCCCAGGGCCUUCCCCACCAGCCACGCUGUCCAUGGAUUUUGUUGCUGGAGCCAUCGGAGGCGUCUGCGGUGUUGCUGUGGGCUACCCGCUGGACACGGUGAAGGUCAGGAUCCAGACGGAGCCCAGGUACACCGGCAUCUGGCACUGUGUCUGGGACACGUAUCGCCGAGAGCGGGUGUGGGGCUUCUACAGGGGCCUCUCACUGCCCGUGUGCACGGUGUCCUUGGUCUCAUCUCUGUCCUUCGGCACCUACCGCCACUGCCUCUCGCACAUCUGCCGGUUCCGGUACGGCAGCGCUGAUGCCAAGCCCGCGAAGACCGACAUCACGCUCUCAGGAUUCGCUUCCGGGCUCGUCCGCGUGUUCCUGACCUCGCCCACCGAGGUGGCCAAGGUCCGCCUGCAGACGCAGACGCAGCCACAGCCCCAGCAGCGGCGCCUCUCUACCUCGGGGCCCUCGGCUGUGCCCUCUGUGUGUCCUGCGCCCCCUGGAAGGCCGGUGCCUGGCCCCAAGUACCACGGGCCGCUGCACUGCCUGGCCACGGUGGCCCGUGAGGAGGGGCUGCGGGGUCUCUACAGAGGCAGCUCAGCCCUGCUCUUUCGGGAUGGCCACUCCUUCGCCACCUACUUCCUCUCCUACGCCCUCCUCUGUGAGUGGCUCACCCCCGCCGGCCACAGCCAGCCAGAUGUCUUGGGUGUGCUGGUGGCCGGUGGCUGUGCAGGGGUCCUGGCCUGGGCCGUGGCCACCCCCAUGGACGUAAUCAAGUCCCGCCUGCAGGUGGAUGGGCAGGGCCAGCGGCGCUACCGGGGCCUCCUGCACUGCAUGGCAGCCAGUGUGCGGGAGGAGGGGCCACGGGUCCUCUUCAAGGGGCUGACGCUCAACUGCUGCCGCGCCUUCCCUGUCAACAUGGCGGUCUUUGUCACCUACGAGGCUGUGCUGAGGCUCGCCCGGGGCCUGCUCACGUAGCUGGUCCUGUGCCCCAGGGGCCAGCCCGCCAGCAGCUUCCGGAGGUCGCAGUGGCUGAGGGAGGUGAAGGGGUGCGUCGGGGUCUGGGCCCCACUGGGCCGUCCCCAGGACAGCCGAGCCUGCCGCAGUGAGUCAGCCGAGGCCUGGGCUUGGCCUGCCCACCUGCAGACCACGAGGAGGUCAGGGGCCAUCUGCCAUCAGCCCGGGUUGGCCUGAGGGUCACAUGGGCCGGGGGGCGUGGGCCUCUUGGGUGAAGACGGCCGUCCCAUGGAGCCGUUUGUGCAUUUGGUCAGUGGUUCAUUCUAGCUUUGUGGCCACCCCUCCCUGCCCCCGUGUCUUCACCGCCCACUUGCGCCUGUACCCCGUCCAUUUCUUCAGCUGUCCGCGCGGCCCCCCUGCCAGCUCUCCACUGCCAUCAGUGGGCUCUCACGCACUGUCCCUCGGACGCGGCGCAGCUGGCCUCCCCGCCAGACGAUUCUGAGGUGCAGCUGUGUGGCUCCAGAUGGUUCCCUGCACCGGCUGCUCUGAGAGGACACUGCUGGGACAGCCCUGGGGGUUCGGGGCAGGGUCUGGUCACCUACCCUCACUCUGCCUGUAGACCCAGGAGACUCAGCGGAGAGCUGUUGCCAAUAAAACGUUUCUGAGGACGGUCA